AUGGCCGAAGCAGGCACCUUACCAUUUGAUCUCCUCGUUCUCCAAAGCAUAACCCGAUUGUCCAUCCGUUUGUUGGAAAAAAGCAGAGAUAAUGCGGAUCUCCCACUAGUACGUCGAGCUUCCGAAGAACUGUCAGAGGUGAUCGGAAUGCCCUUACCAAAUAUUUGUACUCGAACGCGACUAGCCACCCGAAAGUGGUACGAGCCCAAGCCCCACGUCGUGUGGGAUAUCAAAAGAAGUGUGAAUGCCGGAGAUCCCUCUGAGGUGGUCCGUCCUGUCGUUCAGGAGCUCCUGAAUGCUCGCUUCAGCAACUCAACGGUUGUGUAUACUGACGGAUCGAAAGACAACGACGCAGUAGGCGCGGGAAUGUUUGGAGAACAUCUCCAGCAGUCGACUGGUCUUCCGCCACAGUGCAGCGUGUUCUCAGCCGAGGCGUUUGCAAUUAAAACAGCGGUAACUUCGUACUACACUUCCAACGAUCUGCUAAUAAUGACAGACUCAGCCAGUUGUUUAUCGGCAAUUGAAGCUGGCACGUCCCAGCAUCCGUGGAUCCAGGAGAUUGAAACCAUGAUACGACAUCGUCCAAUCAAUCUGUGCUGGAUUCCAGGACACGCUGGAAUUCGCGGGAAUGAAGAGGCAGACCGCCUCGCAGGAGAAGCCAGGGGUAAUGCCCCUUUGCAAAUAGCCAUUCCGGGAGCAGACGCCAACAAUCAGGCAAAAUCAGCUAUCCGAAAUCACUGGUACCGUCGAUGGUCUGCAUCCACUGAAGUGAAGCUUCGCGAAAUAAAAUUCGAUACGGUAAAGUGGACUGACCGCGAGAGUUCGGCUGAUCAACGAGUGCUCACCCGGUUGCGAAUAGGGCAUACCCGAUUGACGCACGACUUCCUUUUGAAGAGAGAAACCCCACCAGUUUGCGACUGCUGCGGGGUAACCGUAGAUGUACGUCAUAUAAUUCUUCAGUGCCGAAAACACGACGAUGCUAGAAGGAUGCACAACAUCGAUUCGACCAGCCUGCGAGUGGCUCUAGGCAACGACGGGGACACCGAAGACAAACUGCUAAGCUUCCUCAAGGAAACUAAUUUGUACAAACGAAUAUAA